AACCCCAUGUGCCAUCCGAUGUCUAACAUGCAUGGCAUGCCGCCCGACAUAUCGGGCAACUACUGUCCGAUGGGGCGAGACGUGGGCAUGAUGAAUCCGGGUAUGAUAUUACCCCAUGGCCCCUAUAAGAAUCCACAAGAGCCCCAUAAUCCCAUGGAGAUGCAAGAUGCCAUGAAUAUGAACAUGCAGAUGAACAUGCAGAUGGGUAUGAAUGAAAACCAUAAUGGACCCUUAAUGGGUAAUUCGUUUGAAAAUGUGAACCCGAUGCUCCAUCCGAAUGGUUACAUGGCGAACGAUUUCAUGGGCACGAAUGCGAGCAAUGGCAACAUGAAUGAGACCUACAACACUGUUGAUCAUCGCAAGGAGACUAACAUCCGUCACGAUGUGGCAGCUGGCGAACGUGGAUCAAUCAACAAGCUCGGAGCUGGUGGAAAAUCAAAACUAAAUUAGAUUUACAUACAUAUGCUUACACACACACACACAUACACACAUAAGAGCAGAUACGU